UGGCCAGCGUGGCGCGGGGGCCACACAGUCGGUGAGGGGCUGGCCAACCAUGGAGGCUCUGGAACUCCUUGUCACACAGUCGGUGAUAAACGGCGGGAAGAAUGCUCGACAGGUGUCCAGUCCAGGCCCCAGCACCUGGCUGGAACACUCCCUCAACGACACCGAUUGCUUCCAGAUUCCAGAGACCUCCGACUGCCUAGCCAACGAUUCCUGGACGCUUAACAAUUCCAGCCAAGUCAUGAACGCUUCGAGCACCGUGCUGCCUCCCAGCCUUGGCUUCGACGACAAUGCCAUGACUGACAUCAUCAUCUACUCCGUCAUGUUCCUGGUGGCGGCCGUCGGGAACUUGACCGUCUUCAUCACCCUCUUCCGAAACCGACACAGGAAAUCCCGCGUCAACAUGAUGAUCAUGCACCUGGCUGCAGCCGACCUGAUGGUAACACUCAUCAACUUCCCCCUGGAGGUGGGAUGGAGGAUCACCACUCAGUGGGUGGCUGGAAACCUCGCCUGUAAGCUCUUCCAGUUCCUGCGAGCCUUCGGCCUCUACCUGUCUUCACUUGUCCUCGUCUGUAUCAGCCUCGACAGAUACUUCGCCAUUGUCCAUCCUCUUAAGGUCAAUGAUGCCCAGAGGCGCGGGAAAAUGAUGUUAACUUUUGCUUGGUCCAUUGCUGCUGUGUGUUCCCUCCCUCAGAGUGUCAUCUUCCACGUAGACACGCAUCCUGUCUUCCAAAACUUCAAGCAGUGCGUGACCUUUGGGUUCUUCAGGACGCAGGUGGAGGAGAUGACCUAUAACCUCUUCUGCCUCGCAGCCAUGUACUUCAUGCCUCUUCUUGUCAUCAUCGUUGUCUACCUCCGAAUCCUGUGGGAGAUCUCACAGAAGUCUAAGGACUCUAACGUGGAGCCAAGCGGCCAGGGUCGAGGGGGUCGUAUGCGCCUGCGCAGGAGUGACGUCAGCAACAUAGAGCGCGCGCGCGCCAGGACACUGCGCAUGACUGUUAUCAUUGUCCUGGCCUUUAUCUGGUGCUGGACCCCCUAUGUUGUCAUCGUUAUGUGGUACAUGUUUGACCGGGAGAGCGCGGAGCAGGUAGAUAAGCGCCUCCAAGACGCCCUCUUCAUCAUGGCCGUCAGCAACAGCUGCGUCAAUCCCCUCGUUUACGGAACCUACACCAUCAACUUCAGGAACGAGCUCAACCGGUGCUUCGGCCGCAAGACCAAGCCCCCCGUGCUCGCGCGCAAGUCUACAGGUCACCAUACUGCCGUCUCUGCCGAGUGCCCUCGAAGACGUGAGGAAAUACAGAUGAUGUCCGACGCCAGGCAAGCCAACACCACUCGUCGUGAACCAUCAACAUUCAACGUGCAAGCCGCCAACUUUCCUCUGCUUCCGGGUGGGGGCGGAGCUUCUGCACAGUCUGCACGCAAUUGGGGGCCUGGCUCCCAGUCUACCAACCAGUCAUCGACGCAGCCACAACAGCCACAACCGUUCUCUGGUCAAUCAACAAGCCAGCCUUCACCACACAAGAUGCUGCUCCCCAACAGGAAUCACAGUGCUAUAAUGGGACUCAUCCGCACUGCUGAAAGGAUUGCAGGCGCAAACACCAAGGAAUUCUUGUACCUGAGGUUCACAGAAGGUUCACAGACGCCUACAUCUGAUGCUUCUGCAGACCUCCACUUGUCUUCUGAUGACGACUCUACUGCCUGUGUUGACGUAACAUACUCACCACCCCAGGAGUUGGAAUGGGAUGUUAAUCCAGUAAUAGAGGCAAUGUUUCAACAGCGUGAAAAAAACUACAGAUGGAUCACCCGAAUUCAGACGGAUCACCAGCCAGAUAUAUAA